AUGACAAAGCUAAUCAUCGCAAUCCUAUGUUUGUUCGCCAUUGCCGCUGAGGCAUUGACGUCCAACGUCCCCGCACUCAACGGCCCUGUCAUCUCUCCUCAGAAUUUGCCAGGCGCCAAGAAACGACCUGGCGAGUUUGUCCAUCCUGGCCUUUGGCACACUCACGACGAUCUCGAGCGUAUCCGUAACAAUGUCAAGAGCGAAAAGGAACCAUGGAAGACAGCGUACAAAGCUUUCAGCACCGACAAAUACUCCCUGAGCACCUAUGCCAUGCAGGGUCCGAAACCAGUCAUCUGCCGCGGACCUUGCAGCAACUAUACAUCUUUUACAGCAGAUACUCGGGCCGCCUGGCAGAACGCCUUGAUGUGGUACAUCACCAAGGACCAAGCCCAUUGGGAUCGAGCCACCACUAUUCUCGAUGCCUGGGGAACCAAUCUCACCAACAUUGUCGGCUUGGAUACUUCGUUGUUGGUUGGUCUUGAAGGAAGCAUGCUCGCCAACGCGGCAGAGAUCAUGCGAUGGGAAGGCAACUGGACCGAGGCCGGUGCGAAAUGGCAGGGCGGUGCCGGUUUCUCUAACCAGCUCUACUGGUUGUUUGCGCGGCAAUCCAUCAUAAUUGGUCAGGCAAACUAUGGUAUGGUGAGCAUAAAAGCUCUUCUGGAUUUCGCCGUCUACUUGGACGAUGUCAGCAUGUACAACUACGCUCUCAACGCAUAUCUGAAUGACCCUUGCGCGGGCAUCUAUGGCAACGUUGAUCCAUCCACAGGCCAGUCAGCAGAAGCCGGCCGUGAUCAAAGCCACGCCCAGUCUGGUGUAGCAUGGGCUGCAUAUGCAGCCCGCACAAUCCAGUCUCAGGGUCAUGAUGUCUGGAGCGAGGGCGGCGACUUGUUGCUCAAGGGAUCUGAGUACUUGGCCAAAUACAGCCUCGGAAACAACGUGCCAUACAACAGGAACUUCUAUCGGUGUGAGGCGAUCUUGGUUAAUGGACCCUGGUCAGAUAUCAGUGAAAAGAACCGCGGCGUGGGGCUUGUCGACGGUAAACUCACAGGAUCAGUAUGGGACAUCAUCUACUACGCCUACAAGGUUGCUCGUGGUCGGAACGCUCCUUGGACAACCAAGGCUAAGCAAGCUUAUGACAAGGACGGAGGGCAGUUGUACACGUCGUCGGCUGAUCAUCCCGGCUGGGGUGAUCUGAUCUGGAGCUACGAGAAGGGGGAGUCUACUAAGUCGAAGAAGAGGACAAUCUGGGGAGGGGGCAAGAUUGGUCCCAAUGGCGAUGGUAAUGUGAACAUCUAG